AUGUCUGAUGGAUACCAAGAAGACCAAGAAUUUUUCGAAGAAGAAGAAGUGUUUGACGAAGAAGCCUUUGAAGGCUCGGAUUUAGAGGAAGAAUUUGACGCAGAUAAUGUUGGUAUUGAUGACUAUGGAUUUACGGUGGAAAAAAAACGACGGAAGGCAUACGACGUAGAAUACAAGGUGGCUAGUCCUAAUGAUCUUCAGUCCUGGCAAAAUGAAAAAAUUGAACAAUUGACGUCUAUCAUCAGUUUAACAAGAGAGCAAGCGUUGGGUUUGUAUCGCUAUUCCAAAUGGAAUCGAGAAAAGUUGCUAGAAAUGUACGUUGAUGACCCUGAAACAACUCUUCAUAAGGCCGGCGUUCAACAAAGUGAUGAGAAAAAACAUGAAGUUGUAGAAAAGGAGGGUACAUGUUCCAUUUGUUUUGAUGAGGGUAAGCUUUCCUUUUUUAGCGCCGAUUGCAACCAUGAAUUUUGUUUAUCUUGUUACCAGCAUUAUCUUGUCUCGAGAAUUCAAGAAGGAGAAACUAUGAUUCAAUGUCCUGAAGAAGGAUGUAGCCAGAUUAUUUCACAACGGUCGAUUUUAAAGCUUUUAGAUGAAAAAUCCCACGUACAGUAUUCUAGGUUACUGGAUCGUUCUUUUGUUGACGAUAAUGACUCAUUUCGUUGGUGUCCAGCACCCGAUUGUCCUUAUGCCAUCGAGUGUCAUGUUGCCCAAAGCAGCUUAAAUUCGGUUGUACCAACCGUGACAUGUCUUUGCGGAAAACAGUUUUGCUUUGGUUGCGGUCGGGAUAAUCACCAGCCUGCGAUAUGCCCACUUGUGAAGGUAUGGUUACAAAAAUGUCAAGACGAUUCGGAGACGGCAAAUUGGAUUCACGCCAACACAAAGGAAUGUCCAAAAUGCGCUACGACAAUAGAAAAAAAUGGUGGCUGUAAUCAUAUGUCAUGCAAAAAGUGCAAAUACGAGUAUUGUUGGGUUUGUUUGGGUCCAUGGAGCGAACAUGGCACAAACUGGUAUUCAUGUAACCGCUAUGAAGAAAAAAGUGGGACAAAUGCUAGAGACGCACAAACUCGUUCGCGGGCAUUUCUUGAGCGAUACUUGCACUAUUAUAAUCGGUUUGCAAAUCACGAACAGUCUGCUAAACUCGACCAUAAGCUAUAUGACCAAACCUAUCAUCGCAUGACCCAGAUGCAGGUGGACUCGAAUCUAUCAUGGGUGGAAGUACAAUUUCUAAAAAAUGCUGUUGAUACCUUGUUUGAAUGUCGACAGACCUUAAAAUGGACGUACGCUUUCGCAUAUUAUCUUGUGAGAAACAAUCAAACCGAGAUAUUUGAAGAUAAUCAGCGUGAUUUAGAGCUUGCUGUAGAAAAUUUAAGUGAGUUAUGUGAAAGUCCGGCUUUUGACAAGAUGCUCCCAUCCUAUAAGCAAAAGGUUUUGGACCGAACAGUGUAUGUACGAAGUCGACGAGAUGUGUUAUUAGACGAUACAGCAAGAGGACUGGCAGAAGGACGAUGGGAAUAUGUUGUUGAUUUUUGA